AUGUCCGAAUCUGGGCAGUCCUCAGCAGCUGCCACACCGAGCACCACUGGAACCAAGUCCAACACUCCCACAUCAUCUGUGCCCUCUGCUGCUGUCACACCCUUGAAUGAGAGCAUCCAGCCCAUCAGCGAAUACAGUGGCACAACCAAGAGCAGUAAGAGAGCGCGAGAAAAGCGGAACAGCCGGAACAUGGAAGUCCAGGUCACACAGGAGAUGAGGAAUGUCAGCAUAGGAAUGGGCAGCAGUGAUGAGUGGUCCGAUGUUCAGGACAUCAUAGACUCUACUCCAGAGCUGGAUAUGUGUCAAGACCCCCGCCUGGAACGCACUGGGAACAGCCCAACACAGGGGAUUGUGAACAAGGCGUUCGGCAUCAACACAGACUCUCUGUAUCAUGAACUCUCCACAGCAGGGUCCGAGGUUAUCGGAGAUGUUGAUGAAGGAGCAGAUCUGCUAGGAAUGGGCAAGGAAGUGGGGAAUCUGCUGUUGGAGAAUUCGCAGCUACUGGAGACCAAAAAUGCUUUGAACGUUGUGAAGAAUGAUUUGAUUGCCAAGGUGGACCAGCUGUCUGGAGAGCAGGAAGUGCUGAAGGGAGAGCUUGAAGCAGCAAAGCAAGCCAAAGCCAAAAUGGAAACCAGAGUCAAGGAGCUGGAGGAGGAACUGAAAAGAGUGAAAUCUGAAGCCAUUGUUGCCCGACGAGAACCCAAAGAGGAGGUGGAGGAUGUAAGCAGCUAUCUCUGUACAGAAUUGCAGUGCUCCUCCCCUCUGCAGGACAACAUUCCCAUAGCUCAGCGUCGCCGCUUCACCCGUGUGGAAAUGGCCCGGGUUCUGAUGGAGCGCAAUCAAUACAAAGAGAGGUUGAUGGAGCUCCAGGAGGCUGUCAGGUGGACAGAGAUGAUCAGAGCUUCCCGUGAGCACCCAUCCGUCCAGGAGAAGAAGAAGUCCACCAUUUGGCAGUUCUUUAGCCGUCUGUUUAGCUCUUCCUCAAGUCCUCCACCAGCAAAGAGGACCUACCCAUCUGUGAAUAUCCACUACAAGUCUCCAACAACAGCGGGGUUCAGCCAGCGUCGCAGUCACACCAUGUGCCAGAUCUCCGCUGGCAGCCGCACCCUGGAGUUCUUCCCUGAAGAUGACUGUACGUCCUCAGCACGUCGUGAGCAGAAACGGGAACAGUACCGCCAGGUCCGGGAGCACGUGCGGAAUGAUGAUGGGCGAUUGCAGGCCUGUGGCUGGAGCCUCCCUGCCAAGUACAAGCAGCUGAGUCCCAAUGGUGGUCAGGAAGACACUCGCAUGAAAAAUGUCCCCGUGCCUGUAUAUUGUCGCCCAUUAGUAGAGAAGGACCCAACCAUGAAGCUGUGGUGUGCAGCCGGAGUCAAUCUCACGGGAUGGAGACCUUUGGAGCAGGAGCCUGGGAAUGGGCAGAAAUUGGACCCUGGACGUGAUCCCCUCACCUGUGAUAGGGAAGUGGAAGGCGAGAACGACAAAAGUAACCAUACGUCUCCUGAAAAGAAAAAGGCAAAGGAGCUCCAUGAAAUGGAUGCCACAUCCAGUCGUGUUUGGAUCCUCACUAGUACACUGUCAACAAGUAAAGUUGUAAUUAUUGAUGCCAAUCAGCCUGGCACAGUGGUGGACCAGUUCACUGUCUGCAAUGCUCAUGUGCUCUGCAUCUCUAGCAUCCCUGCGGCCAGUGAGAGUGAUUAUCCUCCAGGCGAGAUCUUUUUGGAGGGAGAUGUAAAUCCUGAAGAGUCGUCUGGAACAGAUGGUGUCUUGGCAGGAAUUACUCUGGUGGGCUGUGCAACUCGCUGCAAUGUGCCACGAAGCAACUGUUCCUCGCGUGGUGACACACCUGUGCUGGACAAGGGACAGAGUGAGGUGGCUGCUGUCUGCAAUGGGAAGAUCAACCAGUCGCAGUCUACUGAGGAGGCAACAGAAGCUACAGAGGUACCAGAGAAUGGUACAAGUGAGGCAGAGCCUGCUCAAGCCCGGUCGGGGCCCCUCACGGAGCAUGUGUUUACUGAUCCUGUCCCUGCACAGGCACCUCUUAGGCAGAACGGGGAGAACGGGCAGCUGAAGACAGAGUCAAGCACAACACUGCCAGAUCAAGAGUUGAAUGGAGAUGCUGCUGGGACUUGUACCAGUGCUGCCCCCACCAUGUGGCUGGGAGCACAGAAUGGCUGGCUUUAUGUGCACUCGGCUGUAUCCAACUGGAAGAAGUGUCUGCACUCAAUAAAGCUGAAGGACUCUGUACUAAGUCUGGUGCAUGUGAAAGGGAGGGUCCUUGUUGCUCUGGCAGAUGGAACACUAGCCAUAUUCCACCGGGGAGAAGAUGGUCAGUGGGAUCUCAGUAAUUACCACCUAAUGGACCUCGGUCACACUCACCAUUCCAUCCGUUGCAUGGCUGUUGUGUAUGAUAGAGUCUGGUGUGGCUACAAGAAUAAAAUCCAUGUUAUCCAACCUAAGACAAUGCAGAUUGAGAAAUCCUUUGAUGCCCACCCUCGGCGGGAGAGUCAGGUGCGACAGCUGGCAUGGAUUGGAGAUGGAGUAUGGGUCUCCAUCCGCCUGGACUCCACCCUGAGGCUUUACCAUGCCCACAGCCAUCAACAUCUGCAAGAUGUUGACAUUGAGCCUUAUGUCAGCAAGAUGCUAGGCACCGGAAAGCUGGGCUUUUCAUUCGUGCGGAUUACAGCCCUGCUCAUCGCUGGCAACCGCCUCUGGGUAGGGACAGGGAAUGGUGUCGUCAUCUCCAUUCCACUGACUGAGACUGUAGUCCUCCACCGAGGCCAACUCCUUGGGCUCCGGGCCAACAAGACCUCACCAACCUCUGGAGAGGGCAGCCGCUCUGGUGGGGUCAUCCAUGUGUACGGUGAUGACAACAGUGACAAAUCUGCCAGCAGUUUUAUUCCCUACUGUUCCAUGGCUCAGGCACAGCUCUGUUUCCACGGCCACCGGGAUGCUGUCAAGUUCUUCGUCUCUGUGCCUGGCAAUGUCCUAGCAACCCUGAAUGGGAGUGUGUUGGACAGCCCUUCGGAGAACCCCAGCACAGCGGCCACAGAGACUGAGGGGCAGAAGCUGAAGAACGUCCUGGUGCUGAGUGGAGGGGAAGGGUACAUUGAUUUCCGGAUUGGGGAUGGAGAAGAUGAUGAGACAGAGGAGAAUGCAGGAGACGCCACCCAGGUGAAGCCAGUACUUUCAAAGGCUGAAAGGAGCCACAUUAUUGUGUGGCAGGUAUCAUACAUCCCUGAGUGAGAAUUUCUCCUUUCCCACCAAUGUAAGUGUCCCUCCUCCCGCCUGAAUGCCAAGAUGUACAUACAGAACGCCUGCAUUAUACCUACUGCUGGAAACCGACCCCAGACAACUGCAACGGCUCCUGCCUCGGACUGUGACCCCCUUCUAACCUCUGAACUUGCAGCUUUCAUCUUGGGCCCUUGCGCUUUCUGCGUGGUUGGGUUAUUGUUCUGCUCUGGAGCUGGCAUGUACAAGGAGAGAAAUGGCAGUGCAUUGAUGAAGUGAGGCUGGAGCUAGAACUGUGCAAAGCCUUUGCCCAGUGCACAGGAGCUGGCAGCUGAUGGUGGUGGGUCAGGUUCUCCGGCAGGUUGCCUC